GUGUAACCUUUUUGUUUGUGUUAAUUACAACUACAUCCAAUAUUAACAUUGUAAAUAAUGGAAAACCGUUGACGUAAUCAUAGUAAAAUUUUGUCAAAAACGAUUCAACAUUUCAAAAUGUUACGCCUUCAAUUCAUGCUAAUAGCUGUUGUGUUUUGGGUAACUGGGGGAAGAUGUGAUUUGGGGCUGAUGUCAACAAAGCUGGAAUCUCAAGACGAAUGGAAGGAAUCUUUCUGCAUUGCGUAUAACCCUCAAUUCCAGCCCAUUGCAAAAGACAAGAGUACGUCACCAGCCCUCCUUGUUGUUGAUUUGUCUAAUGCUUUGAUGUACGGAUGCUUCGAGUCAGACUAUGAUGGCCAUGACGUCACUGAUGCUAUUGUUAUAGUCGCCAGAGGCUUGUGUACCUUCUCUGAUAAAGCGCAGUUAGCUGAAAAGGCCAGAGCUAAGUCAUUGAUAGUUGCUAGUGAUGAUCUUAUUACGCCCGGAGCAAAUCAAACUAGCGAUUUGGACAAGAUCAACAUAUCUGUUUCAACGAUGUUGUGGUCCGACGUGAAGCAACUAGAAAAAAACGGUGCUGGACACCCACAAGUUGGAGUCUUGUAUGAGCUUGUUCUAAGCAGAUUUGAUGUCAACUUAGUGGUUAUUUUCCUGAUAGCCGUUUCAAACAUCAUAAUUGGCGGUUAUUGGUCUGGUAUAGCGAGGCAAGAAAAGUAUAAGCUAUAUCUAAAGAAUGCUCUGUCUAAACAAGGUAAUACACAAAACAAUGCAGUUUCUGAAGAAGGAAACACAUCCAAUCACAAUGAUGAUAGUGUUAGCCUAUCGUACAUUGCUCUUGCUAUUGGGUUUGUUCUUGUCUGUGGGUUUCUGUUGUUGCUCUAUUUCUUUUAUUCCUAUUUAGUGUAUGUUGUUAUUGCCAUGUUUUGUAUUGCAACCUCUAUUGGCCUCUAUUAUUGCUUAAAACCAAUUUUGCAUAGAAUCUGUUCAUGGGAAGGUAAUUUGCCGGAAAACAGAAUCCCAAUUUUCAAAACACGCCCAAUGUAUAAAGACCUGAUCUUGUUAGCCUUAUGUUGUGGUCUGGCGGUUUUUUGGGCUGUCAUGAGACAUGCGCCAUUUGCCUGGGUGAUUCAAGACAUUCUUGGUUACGCCUUCUGUAUCAACGUCAUGCGUACUGUAUUCGUACCUAAUAUCAAGAUCUGCAGUAUAAUGCUCAUUAUGUUGUUUAUCUAUGACAUCUUUUUUGUCUUUAUAUCACCUCUGUUCACAAAGGAUGGUAAAAGUAUAAUGGUGAAAGUUGCUACAGGUGGCUCAGACGAAUCUGGUGGAAAUUCGUAUUCAGGAAAGACACAGGAAAUGCUUCCAAUGGUGUUUGCACUCCCGAAAAUGUCUAUUUCUGAUAUUGGCACCUGUCCGUUGGGCAUGUCUCUUCUUGGAUUUGGCGAUGUUAUAAUCCCUGGACUUCUCAUUUGCCACAACCAUGCUUUCGAUCUUAGGGUCAAAAGCAGGCGAGCUUAUUACAUCACCACGUGUAUUGGUUACGGCGUGGGAUUACUACUUACCUUUGUAGCUCUGGCCUUGAUGGAGACAGGUCAGCCCGCUUUGCUCUAUCUUGUGCCUUGCACCCUCAUCCCUACCUUCGCUCUCGGCCUUUUCCGCAAGGAAGUCAAGCUCUUGUGGAAUGGAGUUCCUUACGAAAGUAAACCAGCUGUAUCUGACCAAGCUGCAAGCGCACCAGCAAUGGCUAUAAAUACUGGUAGCAUUGAUUCUGGAAACAGCGAUACAAGCAUUGAAAGUGAGACAAGGGUGUUAAUCAGCAAAUAGAAAAGCAGAAUAAAUGUUGGCUUAUCAAAAUUCCUGUACUGCAACAUGUGUGAAAAAAAUAUGUUGGUAAGGAAACGGAAACCUGUGUAUAAGACCAGAGCUUAAAUAUACGUUGAAGUACAUUGAAAUGCUCUGUUAAAUUGCUUGGAAAAUAAAUCUGAAUUAUACGUUUUAUAAGCGACAAACACGUUAUAGAUUCAAUAGCUAUUAUUUUUGUUUGUUGUUACACAUCUGAUGCGUUUUGAUGUUAUUUAUGUGUUGCUUUUGUUUUCGUCGUCAGAUUUAAUUUAAAAAAACUUUUAAGAAAUGUUUGAGAGUUGAAAAAAAAUCUUUAAAAAUGAAAGAAGUUUUGGAAUGAUCCAUAUUUUUCAUUUAAUCUACAUACACAAUACUAAUUUUUUGUUGUUGGUGUCAUCAAGUUUUGUAAGAUAUAACACUUUGUGAGUUCAACUACCUUCAAUGAUCACUACAAAUAUAUUUUCAUGCACAGUGAACAGUAAAAUAUCCUUUGUCACUAUGUAACAGUGUUGCUAUUAGCUGUCUGUUGGAUCAUAAUACUGUUUUGUUCAUGGUUAAAUACUUUUUUCCCUCUGUUCAUCAUUAAAUAGUGCUGUAAAUACACCAUAGAGCUGUAUACAAAGGUUGAUGCAUAUUAAAGUACAUUUUUAAUUGUGUUAUUUAUUGUUAUAAAUUAAGCAUAUUUAUAAAAUGUACCGUUAUUUAUUAAACUAUGUUUUUAAAUACACACUCACACAUACAUUUUAAGAGUGAGUUAUAGUUGAUUCACCUUGUUGGUUUUUCAGCAUGUCUUGUCAUUUGAACUUCUUACGUAUUUGUUGUUAUGUACCAAACCAUGCGUAUAAGAUAAAAGCAUGCUGCGGGCCAGCGGCGACCAGGAGAACGAUGUCUGUUAAUAUAUUUUAAAAAUGUAAUCGGAUAAUCAUAAAACUAAGUAAUUAUCAUUGUUGGCAUAAAAUGCCUUUGAAUUAUAAUAAAUGGCUAAAUAAACUGUGCACUCUGUAACUCAUAUAGUUUCAAUCGUAACAUCUUCGAGACUUGCUGAACAUGUGAAUGGGCAUAAUAUCUUGAACAAAUUCGCUACUGAGCCAUGCAGCCUGAAGGGAUUCUGAAAUACGGCUCUUGAAUAAACCCAAAUUAGAAAAAAAGUAUAUUUCUAAUAGUUGGUUUCCGGUAAAUAACUGAAUAGUGACACCAAAAAUCACGGUGAAACAUUUGAUAUAAUUUUCUUGAAUUUUGGUCGACAAGUCGGGAUCAAGGUCACUGUUAUUUUUAAUUGAAUACUGUUUUUCGCUCAAUAAUCAGUUUGGAUGUAGAUAUCGCAUGCACAAAUGUGUUUAUUUGUAACUUACAUGAACAUUAGCUAUUGAUUGCAUUUGGGGCCGGUCACUUCAAAGUCAAGGUGUCACUGCUGAUGAAAUAGAAAAACGGUAUCCGCUCAAUGACUUAAUUAAGUUGUGACCAAGGUCUUACAAGGACACGUUUAAGCUGUGUUGCAGACCUAGGUUGGGGUUAUGUUUGAAGCCAGUCAGGUUAAGGUUAAAGUCAAUGUAAAUUUAAAUAGAAAAACAUGUUCCUCUCAAUGACAUGAAUUUGGAUGGGAUAUUGCAUUGAACUUUUGUGGGUAGGUUGCUUACAUGAAGAUAUAGCAUGUAUUUUGCAUAUUGGACUUUUUGAAAAAGGUCAAGGUCACUGUUGCGUUUUGCGAGAUAAUUAAAAAUGGUCAAAAACUGACAGCCAUCUUUGAUGUGUUUCCUGCCCAAAGACAACUUUUAUUAGGGCAUAUAUUCAAAUAUUUGAAAUAAAUACAAUUGUUAUUCAAGUGUUAUUUUUGGGGGGACUACGUGCGAGAAGGCGCGCUACAUUCAAAGUAGAGGUUUUGUCAUCGAAGGUUAGAAUUAACACUUUUUGUUAAAGCUUUAUUUAAGGGUAUUCAUCUAGUAUUCACUUUCAGUGAAAGCCAUAGUUUAUAAUUCUUAUAUAAGCAGAUUUGAAACGAUUGAGUUAAUUGUUAUUCUUUUCAUAAUUUUCAGUGAACAUAUGUGUUAUUAAUUGUCAUUUUUCUGGUUUUAUUUAUAUUUUGUUAUUAAAUAUAUGGGAAUAUAUAUCAAAAGUGA